CCUACAUUACGUCAUAAGGACCCGCGCACUUGUCGAUCGCGGUGUAUUUCUGGUGAUGCAGCUCUCCAGCCGCCGGAGCAUGCCCUUGCUGGACGGCCCGUUGUCUUCCGCCUGUGUUCAGGUCGUUUUUACCCCCAGUAAAUAAGACGUUUGUAUUAAGAGAAGGCUUUGUGGACACGCAGCAGGUCAGCAGGGGCCGAGGCUGUUUAUCUGUGCGCGCAGGGAGGAGCGAGGCGAGCCGCUGCAGGAUCAGAUAACGAGGUUGUGUCUCCACACACUGCACUAUGCCAGGCCGCUUUCUGCGAGGAGGCUGCUGUCCUCUGCUCCGCCUGUGGGCCCUGCUGCUGCUGCUGCUGCCUCUGGCCUCCCUCCACAGCCUGAACCAGCGCGGGAGCAGGGGCCUCGGUGCGAGCAACCGGCCCAAGCUGCUGCUCGUGUCCUUUGAUGGCUUUCGCUGGGACUACGUCGACCGGGUCCCGACGCCCAACUUCCACAGCAUCAUGGACCAGGGCGUGAUGGUGGAGAAGGUGGAGAACACCUACAUCACCAAGACCUUCCCCAACCACUACAGCCUGGUGACGGGUCUGUAUACGGAGACGCACGGCAUCGUGGCCAACGAGAUGUACGACCCCGUCCUCAACCGCUCCUUCUCCAUGGAGACGGACAGUAUUUAUGAUUCAAGGUGGUGGGAGGAGGCGGUGCCCCUCUGGGUAACCAUCCAGAAAGCCGGAGGGCGGAGCGGGGCUGCGAUGUGGCCUGGGUCUGACGUGAAGAUCCACGGCAUGUUCCCCUCCCAGUUCCUCCACUACAACGCCUCAGUCUCCUUUGAAGCCAGAGUGGAGCGGAUCAUAGGGUGGUUCUCUGCGCCUAAAGAGGACGCGGUGGAUUUUGGAGUCCUGUACUGGGAGGAGCCAGACGAGAGCGGGCACCAACUGGGGCCUCAGAGCCCCCUCAUGGACGCAAUCAUCGCCGGAAUCGACGAGAAACUCGGCUUCCUCAUCAACGAGCUGAAGAAGGCCGGGCUGUUUGAGAAAGUGAAUCUCAUAGUGACCAGUGAUCACGGGAUGACGCAGCUUUUCACUGAUAACAUCAUUGAACUGGAUGAGUACGUGACCAGAGACCUGUACACCUGGGUGGAUAAGAGUCCGGUGGUGGGGAUACUGCCCAACGAAGGGAAACUGGACGAGGUGUAUGACAAGCUGGUGGACGCCAACCCAAACAUGGCGGUCUACAAGAAAGAAGAUAUUCCCGAGCGCUUCCAUUACCAGCACAACAGGAGGAUCAUGCCCAUCAUCCUGGAGGCCAAAGAGGGCUGGACCAUCCUGCAGAACCGGACCGGGUCCUUCAUGUUGGGAAACCAUGGCUACGACAACACCCUCCGCAGCAUGCAGCCUGUGUUCGUGGCUCGCGGUCCAGCCUUUCGCCAGAAUUACCUGAAACCCUCCAUGCGCUCCGUCGAUCUCUACCCUCUCAUGUGCCACAUCCUCUCUGUGCGCCCUCUGCCGAACAACGGCUCCCUCUCGAACGUUCGGGACCUGCUGUACCCUGAGGAGGCUCCCCCCACGCCCAGUGCCCCUCCCAGGGUCGACGAGUACUCCUACGCCCCCGUGGUGGGCACUUUCAUCAGCGUGGUGAUGGUGCUGGGCUUUCUCAUGUUCUACAUCAGACAACUGACGCUCAAGCAGCUACCCUCGCUGAAGCACAGACGCAGGGAGAUGUCGCAGCCCUUGCUGCAAGAGGACUUGCACCUGUAGCCGACGAGACAGAAAGGAUAGCAGACGUAAAAAGAAGAGGAGGUAUCGCUCCCCAAGGUAGUCUGCUCUGCCCAGAAGCAUCCCCUGAACACCUACUCUACACGAGUAAUUUGCCAUUGUGCUGCUCCUUUAUUAGAUGGAGAGCAAGAGAACUGAAUGUGACCUCGCAAUCAUGUCGAGAGCUUUGCCCAAAGUGUGAGGGGGAUGUGAAGGGUUUGCUUCUGGUGUAGGAUCUAAAUAAUAAACCUUUACAUGGGCUUUAUAGUGGCUUUGCUUUGAUUGUGAAUUUUACCUAAUAUCAUCUCAUUGUUUUCAUUGUCGCGUACAAAGUAAAAAAAUCAAUUAAAAGCUGAGAUUUUAACCUGUGAUUCUGGCAAGUAGGAAGCUUUGGUGGCCAAAACUUUGACUUGGAUAGGAUUACGGUGUCGGUAUGCUUGAAAUGAAUUAGCAGCUGUUAGGAACAGCUGCACUCAAAAGGCAGGGUGAAAAGCUUGCCAUCAUAGAAAGGGAUGGAAGCAAUAAUAUAACUGCGCACACUUUUAGACAAUCUUUCCUUGAUGGCUUUCAUAGUGCGGCACUCUUGUGUGCUGCAGGAAAUGCGUGAAGACAUGAAGGGAUGUUUUCCGGAGUUUUUCUUUCAAAAGAAGAAAGGAAGCUAUAGAUUUUUUAGGUCAGACAAAACAGGAGAUUUUGUGGAACAGUCAGACAAGGAGUGGUGUGUGUGGGUAGAAUAUUCAAAAGGCGGGACAUGACGCGUAAAUUCCACUGUAGAAAUCACUGUUUUUGUUUACAGCACAUCGACACCGGUGGACCCUUCUCGCCAAAAGCUCUGGAAUCUUGUCGUCUUUCCAUGUUGACAUCUCUGUCGUCGUGUUCUAGGUGUAUGACACAUCUUUUUGAUCCUGAGAUAUUGUAUUCUUCCAGUUACGCGUCGCUUGUUUGAAACCACUUUCUCGUGGGGAUUUUUCCAACAAUGUUCCUUCUGUAUUCUCACAUGGGCUCACUCCAUGGCUCAGACAUUUUACGAGGGGGCUGGCAGGAACAAGUCCCAGAAAAUGUCCUGAGCGACUGACUGACAUUUCUCACAUACAGCCCCUCUGGAAAAUCUCAAGAAAAUGUCCGGACUUCAGUGCGUGUCUGAGUCAGUUUAAGUGAAGUAUUUUAUCUUUUGAAGCAUACUGACACCUUAACUUCAGGUAGUAACAGUGAAAUGGCCGGCAGUCGAUAUGGUUUACUGAAAGUAUUUUCGUAUAUUCUACUGGGGCAUUCACACCAAACGAGAAGAGAACUUUCGCGUUGUACUACUCACGCAAGUUUGGCUGCGGGACUAUUUGUGUUUACGCGAGGUAACACAACCCACGAAUAUUCGCCCGUUCUCCUCGGGAAAAGACAGGAGGACUACUGGCCGCCCUUCCUGAGGCUGACCAGUGGCUGGUUUGGUCAUCUGCUCGCUCAGGAUGGUGCAAGGACCAUAGUCUGGUGGGUUUGACUGGCUUUCUUUUGUGCCAUUCACAUCGCGAAUUUGAGUCCGUUCACAUCUUUGCGUUGACUUAUGUAGUCAAAUUGGGGGUGAAAUUUGCUUCCUGUUUGUGUGAACACAGGAAGGGAGAAUUCGAGGCCUUGUCAGAGUUUUUUCCACCAAUUCCUCCGCUUGUGCUGAAUUAGAAGCUACCUUGUGAUUAUAAAUGCUGUGAUUUAGCUGAAGUAUUAAAAACUCAACUCGUCUCAGGCUGGGCUCAGUGUUACUUCUGAAUGUUAGCUGGACGCACGUGUUCCAGUGAAGGCUCGACCAAUGUGCCAGGCUACUGCUCACACGCGUAGGUCAUUCCACGAGCCGACCAUGUCACGACCUUGCUCUUUUAGUAGUCAGCUACCAUUUGCCUUUUAACUUAAGUGGAGAACAUCUUUCUUUAGGUGUGCAAUCAUUUGUGUGUAAGUUGGUCUUAUUUGUAUGUGUGUAGCGUUUUUGUUGGGAAGAUAUUUUUCUGUAUAGACAAGUGUGUACUCCACUCAUCCUCACGUGUCGACUGUCAUAACCACGGCCAUUUGUUGGUGAAAUGUGAAGUGCAAUUGCUAUUGGUCAGUAUUUUGUCGUUGGGAUAAUAAGGGUUUCGGUGUUGCUGGGUUGAGAAGACUUCUUUUGGCCCCUGAUUUGCACUACAGUACAGAACUGAAACACAGCGAAGGGGCAGCGGUCGGAUGCUUUUUUUUUUAGCUCAUGUAAACUUUGCACUCCUUGUUCGUAGUUGCUAUUUGAAACAAUAGAAAACAUUAGGAGCCUCUUGCCAAAAAGCUUUGAUCAGUGUAAGCAUUGAAAGUUGAGUAGAAUCCAAAUCUGUCAGUAAAUUACUUUUUUUUCAGCCUAUUUUAAGAAAGAAUUGGUUAAAUUUUCUUCUCAUGCUUUUAGAUGCAUUGACUAAUAACUGUGCCCAAAAGAUGACAGACAUCACUGUGAGAAAUUACUUUUUACUAAAUUUAAAUAAAUUGAAAGCAUUUAUAUGGAAAAUAUAAAUUUUCUGAUGAGGUUUUAUGAAAGCAGUGUUGUCUGAUGAUUUUUCCCCUACAGAGAAAGGAAAUAUAUCCAUACUAUAUUUAAAAGAUUAAUUUGAAAUGGUUAGAUUCAAUAUUAGAUCAAGUUAAUAUAUGUUUUAUUAUUACCUUGGAUUUGAAAUAUGGAUAUUUAAUAUGAUUUACAAAUUAACUAUCUUUGCCAUGUUAAUGCAAUUAAACAGUCUAUGAGAAACUGAA